AUGAUACUGAUGAAAGAUGCCUCUUUUUCGAUGAUUGGUAGAGAGUGUGACGAUCGUUACCCUGACAUACAGGAUAGACCAGAUGUAACUGUUGCUGCGGUUGUUUUUCUGCCUGCAGCUGUUGAUCUUUUCGAAAACAAAUUUCGACUUGCCCAGUGGCUGGCGGAAACGUACAAAAUAGAGAUUAACCCAUCAAGUUUGUUUGACAUCCAAGUAAAGCGAAUUCACGAAUAUAAACGACAGCUGCUUAAUCUUCUACACGUCAUUACUAUGUACAAUCGCAUAAAGAAAGAUCCUAGUGCUCCAUUCGUGCCCAGAACAGUAAUGAUUGGUGGAAAAGCUGCUCCAGGUUACCACAUGGCUAAGCAGAUAAUUAAGUUGGUCAACUGCGUUGCAGAUGUUGUCAACCAUGACCCCAUUGUCGAAGAUAAAUUGAAGUUGGUCUUCUUGGAAAAUUACCGCGUUACUUUGGCUGAAAAGAUUAUUCCUGCUGCAGAUCUGAGCGAACAAAUAUCUACUGCAGGAACCGAGGCUUCUGGAACUGGAAACAUGAAAUUCAUGCUUAACGGCGCUCUCACUAUCGGCACUCUUGAUGGCGCUAACGUCGAAAUGAUGGAAGAAAUGGGUCGCGAAAACAUAUUCAUUUUUGGUAUGACCGUAGAUGAAGUAGAGGCAUUGCAAUCCAAAGGGUAUCUCUGUUUGUUAAUAGAUCUCAAACAGUGCAUUGAGCAGAUUGAGACGGGAUUUUUCUUCCCUGCUCGUCCUGAUUUGUUCAAGGAUAUUGCGAAUGUGUUGAAACAUCACGACAGGUUCUUCCUAUGUGCUGACUAUGAAUCGUAUAUUAAGGCCCAGGAAGACGUCAAUCAAACAUUUAUGGAUGUUGCCAAAUGGGUUGAGAUGACGGUGAACAACAUCGCUAGUUCUGGAAAAUUCAGCAGUGAUCGGACAAUCAGGGAGUACGCUGAAAAAAUAUGGGGCGUCGAGCCGACACUGGUAAAGUUGCCAGCGCCUUUCGAGGGCCCACAGAGCGAGGCACCUGCACAUCAUGAGCCAUCCGCGAAACUUCGAUCUCCACUACAUGAAAAUCAAGCCCAGGAUGUGAAUGCCACAGAAAAACGGAAGGCAUCGGAGAAGUCUAAACCGUCAUCAGAGAAACCAACUGCUGUUAAGGCCAAUGCCAAAGGAGUUGAAAAGUCAAAAGUGGAUCCAAAAACUACCAACAAAGUCUGA